GGGGCGAGGUUUGCCUUGUGAGGUUUCCGGUGUAAACAAACGCUGACAUUUAAAUCCUCAGCCGUCAGCGAGACGCCUCCGUCGGACGCUGAGAGAUGCAAAAUGUCUGUAAAAGGAGCAACAGCGCAAUCUUCAGCCGAGAUAAAGCAUCCAACUUGAUCCCUGGUGACCAGGAUCCACUUCAGCAGAACUUUACAGAGACCCUUCCUACAGAGAUGAGUGUUAGGAUCUUCAGUGAGCUGGAUGUCAGGAGUUUGUGCCGGGCCUCGCUCACCUGCAGACACUGGAAUGAUAUAAUCGAGGCCAGCGAUCAGCUGUGGAGGAGCUACUGUCUUACAGUGCUGGCUAUUUGCCGGAGGGAGGUGGAUGGGGACAGGCUUGUUGGGUGUACAUGGAAGGUUACUCUUGUGCGUAACUACAGGAAAGGCUGCGCAAAGCGGCGGUGGCUGAAGGGCCGAUACAGUAACAUCCGCUCUGCUGAUGAUAUCCCGCCCAACAGCAUGUGUCCACUGGACGUGGAGACCUGGGGAGAGAUACUAGAGGCGGAACUGGAUAGAUAGAGCAGAGACAGACUUUUGGGAUCCUGCCAAUGGACUGAAAUAUAUCAGCUGUGUCUACAAUGGAAGUACUAUGACUGAAACACUUGCUGGGCAAAUAAUUUUAUAAUUGGUAUUGCAAAAAAGUUCAAAGACUGUGGCGGCCAGAAUACAUGAUAAUGUGGCUUUUGUUACCGAACAUUUUAGUUGUUUUAGUUGUAAUUUUCUUGAGACUGUAAUGGAAAAUAAGGUUUUAUAGGUUUUAUAUGAUGGAAUCAUUUUAUAGAUGGAACUGAGAGAGAUCUUUUCUUCGCUCUUUUCGUAUAGAUCAACAAAACUGUGCACAUUUUGAUUUAAGUAUUGAUUUUUGUUAAUUUAUUUGAUUUUUAGAGUCACUGCCAAAAAGUGUUUUGCCUUAAAUCAUGCAACUAUUAUUAUAUCAAAGCUAAUAUAUUAAUGAAUAUUAUGUGUCCUAAUGCUAUACUUCCCUCUUCAGCGCUGGCCUCUCUUUCCAUUUCUGCUGCUAUCUGUAAUAUGCAUAUGUCUUUAGAACCACAUAAUAAUUUAAAGCAAUAUAGAAAUAUUGUUACAUUUAAAAGCACCAUUUUUGCAGUGUAAAAAUGCCUUUUUUCAUACAGUAUUCAUACAGAAAUCAGUAUGCAUGAACUAGCACUGUGGAAAUGGAAAGCCUAUUUCAUUUUUAAAAAAGAUAUAUAUUUUUUUGUUCCACAGGUUUUAUUAUUACACUGACAGAUAUAAAACACAGAACAAUACAGUGCAGAGAACAUUGUCUGCAUUUUUUCCCUAUCUUAUCUCCAUGUUUAACUCCG